UGGAGUUCAGUUUUAUUUCAUGAAACACUACAAAAAUGCUGAAAAGGAAAACACGUACCAAAAGCGUGUAUGAGCGACGUCGCCAAAUAAGUGUAGGAGGUUUGACUGCCAUAGGAGAUGUAAGUUCUGUUAAAGCAACGUUUAACAGACACAUCCAUAAUACUUUAAUUAAAGACAGAAAUGUCGCAACUAUGAGAGAUUAUUACGAUGCGUUGUCACAUACAGUACUGGAUGAUUUAGCUGGAAAUUGGAUAAGAACUCAGCAAAUGUAUUACCAUGCUGAUCCAAAAAGAGUUUAUUAUUUGUCGUUAGAGUAUUUUAUGGGGAGAACAUUAACGAACGCGAUGAUAAAUAUUGGAAUAAAGGAUGAAUGUGAAAUAGCCAUGUAUGAGCUUGGUUUGGAUUUGGAAGAGUUAGCUGAUCAAGAAGCAGACGCUGGACUGGGUAACGGUGGAUUAGGAAGAUUAGCAGCUUGUUUUCUCGAUUCCAUGGCUACUUUAGGUAUACCUGCUCAUGGAUAUGGCUUACGGUACGAGUAUGGAAUAUUUGAUCAAAAAAUAGUGAACGGGGAGCAAGUCGAAGAACCUGAUAAUUGGUUAGCUUACGGAAAUCCAUGGGAAAAAGGAAGAUCGGAACAUGUAAAGGAAAUUCAUUUCUAUGGUCGGGUAGAGGGUAAAGGAAAACGUUAUAACUGGGUUGGCACCACUAUAGUGAAUGCUUUGCCCUACGAUUAUCCUAUUCCAGGCUUUGAAAACAACGUAGUAAACACAAUGAGACUUUGGUCAGCCAUAUCUCCACAAAGUUUUAACUUGCGUUUUUUUAACGAUGGGGAUUAUAUUCGAGCUGUUUUGUCAAGGAAUGUUGCAGAAAGUAUUACAAAAGUUUUAUAUCCCAGCGAUAAUUUCUUCCAAGGAAAACAGUUGAGACUUCAACAAGAGUACUUUUUAGUGUCGGCUACAAUUCAAGAUAUAGUACGGCGCUUUAAACAGUGCGAGUUUGGAACAAAAGGAAAUGUAAGAUUCGAAUUUAAUAUGCUGCCACAUAAAGUUGCUAUUCAGUUAAAUGAUACUCACCCGUCGCUAGCUAUACCUGAAUUAAUGCGGAUCCUUGUUGACUUAGAAAACGUUCCUUGGGAAGACGCUUGGAAUAUAGUAACCAAAACAUUUGCGUACACCAAUCAUACGCUUUUGCCAGAAGCUUUAGAGAGAUGGCCGGUAUCAAUGGUUGAGAAACUACUUCCUCGACAUUUACAAAUAAUUUAUGAAAUUAACCGCAGAUUUUUAGAAGAAGUUGCAGCGAUGUGGCCAGGAGAUGAUGAUAGAGUCCAAAGAAUGUCUCUGAUAGAAGAAGAUAAUAUUAAGAAAGUGAAUAUGGCACGCCUGUCAGUCGUAGGAUCACAUUCAGUUAACGGAGUCGCCUCUCUACAUUCAGAAUUAAUUAAAAAAAACUUGUUCAAGGAUUUUUAUGAGAUGACACCAGAGAAAUUUCAAAAUAAAACAAAUGGCGUCACACCCCGUCGUUGGAUUUUGUUGUGCAAUCCUCAUCUAGCUGCUGUCAUCACGGAAAAAAUUGGCGCUGAAUGGAUAAGAUAUUUGGAACAAUUAAAGCAGCUAGAAAAAUUCAAGCACGAUUACCAAUUUAUAGACUCUAUCAUGACUGUAAAAAAAUCAAAUAAAAUGAGAUUGGCCAGCUAUCUAUUAGAGUACUAUAAUGUUCGAGUUGACAUUGAAUCCAUGUUUGACGUACAAGUGAAACGAAUACACGAAUACAAACGCCAACUUUUAAACUGUCUCCACAUUAUUACAAUGUAUAAUUAUAUAAAAAAUAAUCCUCAGGCACCAUUUACUCCUCGUACCGUUUUGUUAGGUGGUAAAGCAGCGCCCGGAUAUCGCACAGCUAAAACAAUCAUCAAAUUAAUUUGUUCGGUAUCAUACGUCAUAAAUAGCGAUCCUGAUUUAGACCAAAAACUGAAAGUAAUUUUUCUGGAAAACUAUAGAGUUUCUUUAGCUGAAAUAAUUAUCCCAGCUGCAGAUUUAAGUGAGCAAAUAUCUAUGGCCGGUACAGAAGCUUCUGGAACAGCAAAUAUGAAAUUUAUGAUGAAUGGAGCAUUGACGAUUGGAACUUUGGAUGGUGCAAAUAUUGAAAUGAAGGAAGAAAUGGGAGCAGAAAAUAUUUUCAUUUUCGGCUUGACCGUUGAUGAAGUCGAGGAGAAAAAAAGUGAUGGAUAUAAUGCAUGGGAAUAUUACAACACCAUACCUCCUUUAAGAGAAGCCCUCGAUCAAAUUCUGGAAGGUUAUUUUACGCCGAAUGAACCCAAUGCAUUUCAAGGUUUUAUAAGAGAUUUAUUAAAUAAUGACAGAUAUCUUGUUUUAGCAGAUUAUCAAGCCUACGUAGAGUGCCAACAAAAUGUUUCUGAACUUUUUAAGAACAAAGAGGAGUGGACAGUGAAGACGAUUAUGAACAUUGCUUGCUCGGGAAAAUUUUCUAGCGACAGAACAAUUGCUGAAUAUGCGAGAGAAAUAUGGAAUGUGAAACCAAAUCACAAAGUAUUUCCUGCAGCAGAAAAAAUCAAAAAAAUUUAA